AUGCAUCUUAUCCUCACAGGGGCCACCGGGCUGGUUGGGUCUUCAGUGCUCGACGCCAUGCUCAAAAACGCAGCAGUGUCCAAGAUCUCAAUCCUGAGCCGAAGCCCCGUGCGAAUGGCAGAAGACGCAAAAGAUCCACGAGUACAUGUCAUCACCCACACAGACUUUGAAUCAUACAAGCCAGAGCUGCUCAACCAAUUGAAAGAUGCGGAUGGAUGUGUUUGGGCCCUAGGGAUAAGCCAGACUAAGGUCGCCAAAGAACAAUACGUCAAGAUAACCAAGGAUUAUACCCUGGCGGCUGCCAAUGCGUUUUCCACAAUCAAGCCAUCAAAUCAUCCCUUCCGAUUCAUCCAUGUAUCUGGUGAAGGAGCCACCCAGACUCCUGGGCGAUUCUCGCCGAUAUUUGCGAGAGUAAAGGGCGAGACAGAAGCGCUGCUUGGAACGCUGUCCGAGCAAAAUCCGACCUUUCGGGUCGAUAGCGUGAGGCCUGCAUUCGUUGAUCCGGCGACGCACGAUGCCAUCAAACCAUAUAUUCCAUCUGGUGCAACGGCUGGAGUUGUUGCAAAUCUUGGAGUAGCGUUGCUUGGCCCGGGUAUUCGGUGCUUUAUGAAGUCGAUGCAUUCUCCAACGGAACAGCUUGGGUCGUUCUUGACGGAAAUGGCGAUGGGACGCUAUGAAGCAAAAUUGGAGGGUCCGGGGGUAUUCAGACUGGGAGGAGGUUAUGUCAUUGAGAACAUUGGUAUGCGGAGAAUUUUGGGGUUGUGA